AUGGCAUCUUUUCACGCGAACCACCAAAAACAAGACAGUUUGCAAACUAUGGCCCCUCAGAGAGAAUCCACUAAUGGAACAGGGUCACACAAAGUAGAAGUGUCAAACAGUCACAGGAAAGAUAGAAGGAAGGAUUGGUGGGACAAAAACCGUAAAAAGAAGUCAGAUCCUGAAACUUCUCAAGAAAGCAGGGCAAAUGAUCAAGCAGCAGACGCACACAUUUUUCUAGAAGCUGUUGGAGAUACAAAUCCGGAGUCUGAUAAGACAGAGAGACCCAAACUUCGCAAUCGUGAAACCAUUGCCAAGCCAGACAGCCUGAAGUAUGAACCAGAUUUUAACAAAGGAUUUCACAACAAAAUCAUGCAAAACCUGUACACAGAUACAUCGAAAAAGAAGAAAAAUAAACAGAAUAAGGAGCUUGGCGGUGAAUCGUUACCUAAGUCUAACAAAAGAAAAACCAUAUCACCUCCAGCAACCAGUGAGCCCGAGAAUGCUAAGAGGUUAAAGGAGAGUGAAGAAAAUGAAGCAUUUGACUCAUACAAAUUUUCUUUAAAUUUGAUCAAUGGAGAAGUUGAUGUGACCAAACACUCAUCCAGUAAAGAUUCCAAAAACAAGUAUGUGUUGUUUAUCGGAAACCUCCCGUACAAUAUCACCAGGGAACAGUUAGAGGAGCAUUUUAGGAAAACUGGUGGCAUAAAAUCUGUCCGCAUUCCUAAAGAAAAAGGCACAGACAAGGGCAGAGGAUUUGCAUACAUGGAAUUUGAUGGUCGCAUCAGCCAUGGUAUUGCUUUGAGGCUGCAUCAAACAACUCUUGGAGGUAGGAAGAUCAAUGUUGAGUUUACAUCAAUAGGAGGCGGGAAGUCCGAAGCCCGAAAAGAAAAAUUGAAACUGAAGAACAGAAAGCGGAAGAAUAUGAAGAUGCAAUGA